AUGGUCACUCAGCAGCCUGAAGGCCACAUAUACAGCAGUUAUUUAGCUGGGUGGUAUUUGCUACAAAUUGAGACAGAGGCUCACUUCUACACCUGUUUCAUAUCCAGUUUGGCUCUGACCAGACAGAUUUUUCUCCCGUGUUUUGCAGAUGCUUCAUUCAGUGGCACACCACCCAGCUAUGCGUAUGAUGCAGACCGUGCUGAAGAACAGAGGCGACAUCAUGAUAUGAUGCCCUACAUCGAUGACUCGCCAUCAUCUUCCCCUCAUCUCAGUUCCAAGAGUCGAGGCAGCAGAGACACCCUGUCUUCAGGGUCUCUGGAAUCUACAAAAUCAAGUGAGCCAGAUCUGGAGAAAGGCCUGGAGAUGAGAAAAUGGGUCCUGUCAGGAAUCCUGGCCAGUGAGGAAACCUAUCUGAGCCACUUGGAGGCUCUGCUGCUGCCUAUGAAGCCUUUGAAAGCAGCUGCCACCACCUCUCAGCCUGUGCUGACUAGUCAGCAGAUUGAGACAAUAUUCUUCAAAGUGCCUGAGCUCUAUGAGAUCCACAAAGAAUUCUAUGAUGGACUCUUUCCCCGAGUGCAGCAGUGGAGUCACCAGCAACGUGUCGGAGACCUCUUCCAAAAGCUGGCCAGCCAGCUGGGAGUGUACCGGGCCUUUGUGGAUAACUAUGAAGUUGCCAUGGAGACAGCAGAGAAAUGCUGCCAAGCCAAUGCUCAGUUUGCUGAAAUCUCUGAGAAUCUAAAGGCUAGAAGCACAAAGGAAUCUAAAGAUCAGACGACGAAAAAUUCCUUGGAAACUCUGCUAUACAAGCCAGUGGAUCGAGUGACUCGCAGCACGCUUGUACUGCAUGAUUUGCUCAAGCACACUCCAGUGAGCCACCCGGAUCAUCCACUCCUGCAGGAUGCCCUGCGGAUCUCGCAGAACUUCCUUUCCAGCAUCAAUGAGGAGAUCACUCCUCGUCGGCAGUCCAUGACUGUAAAGAAGGGGGAGCACCGGCAGCUGCUGAAGGACAGUUUCAUGGUGGAGCUUGUUGAGGGGGCUCGCAAACUGCGUCACGUCUUUCUUUUUACUGAUCUGUUCCUGUGUGCCAAGCUCAAGAAGCAGAUUGGAGGAAAAAGCCAGCAGUAUGACUGCAAAUGGUACAUCCCACUCACUGACCUUAGUUUCCAAAUGGUGGAUGAGUCCGAGGCAGUGCCCAACAUCCCACUGGUACCUGAUGAGGAACUGGAUGCCAUGAAAAUCAAGAUAUCCCAGAUCAAGAAUGAUAUCCAGCGUGAAAAGAGGGCCAAUAAGGGCAGCAAGGUCAUUGAGAGGUUGAAAAAGAAGCUCUCAGAACAGGAAUCACUCCUGCUGCUGAUGUCUCCCAACAUGGCUUUCCGGGUGCACAAUCGCAAUGGCAAGAGUUACACGUUCCUCAUUUCAUCGGACUACGAAAGGGCAGAGUGGAGGGAGAACAUCCGGGAGCAGCAGAAGAAAUGCUUUAAAAGCUUCUCACUCACAUCAGUGGAGCUCCAGAUGCUGACAAAUUCCUGUGUGAAACUCCAGACAGUUCACAACAUUCCCCUCACUAUCAAUAAGGAAGAUGAUGAAUCUCCAGGUCUCUAUGGAUUCCUGAAUGUCAUUGUCCACUCUGCCACAGGAUUCAAGCAAAGUUCAAAUUUGUAUUGCACGUUAGAGGUUGAUUCUUUUGGGUACUUCGUGAACAAGGCCAAAACCAGGGUGUACAGAGACACCACGGAGCCCAACUGGAAUGAGGAGUUUGAGAUUGAGUUGGAAGGCUCACAAACUCUGCGGAUUUUGUGCUAUGAAAAGUGCUACAACAAAAUGAAGCUCACCAAAGAGGAUGGAGAGAGCACAGAUCGCAUAAUGGGAAAAGGACAGAUCCAGCUGGACCCACAGACACUACAGGACAAAGACUGGCAACGCACAGUCAUCUCAAUGAAUGGAGUUGAAGUGAAGCUGUCGGUGAAGUUUACCAGUCGAGAGUUCAGCCUGAAGAGGAUGCCAUCACGAAAACAGACGGGGGUCUUUGGGGUCAAGAUUGCUAUUGUCACCAAGAGGGAGAGAUCAAAGGUGCCUUACAUAGUGCGCCAGUGCGUGGAGGAGAUAGAGCGCCGUGGAAUGGAGGAGGUGGGCAUCUACCGCGUCUCUGGGGUCGCAACCGACAUCCAGGCUUUGAAAGCAGCCUUUGAUGUCAAUAACAAAGAUGUGUCAGUGAUGAUGAGCGAGAUGGAUGUUAAUGCUAUUGCAGGCACAUUGAAGCUGUACUUCCGAGAGCUGCCUGAACCUCUCUUUACAGAUGAGCUGUACCCCAACUUUGCAGAGGGCAUUGCACUUUCAGAUCCCGUUGCAAAGGAAAGCUGUAUGUUGAAUCUAUUGUUAUCACUUCCAGAACCCAACCUUGUCACAUUCCUUUUCCUUUUGGACCAUUUAAAAAGGGUUGCUGAGAGGGAAAGCAUUAACAAGAUGUCCCUGCAUAAUCUUGCAACUGUCUUUGGACCAACGCUGCUCAGACCUUCAGAGAAGGACAGUAAAAUCCCUGCCAACCCAACCCAGCCUAUAACAAUGACUGAUAGCUGGUCACUAGAAGUCAUGUCCCAGGUUCAAGUCCUUCUGUACUUCCUGCAGCUGGAGACCAUCCCUACCCCAGACAGCAAGAGGCAAAGCAUUCUCUUUUCCACAGAGGUGUAGAUGUCUGUGAUGCCAACAGGACUCCAAAAAAAAACCACACCACAAACCCAACCUGUUCUUGGCAUAAAUCUGCCACUCUUGAAAAAAGGAAGACUGGUGUUUCUUCAGACAUUUCUGGCCUGUUCCUGUUCUGGGGAAUUAUGGCCCUCAGUGCUUCUGCUGUUUGUUAACCAGUGGCAGGCUGAAGAGAAGGUAGAAAAAUACCUACUUUUGAUCAGGAGAAUGAGAAUCGAAGUGGAGGUGGAGCUGUGCAGAAUCUCCACUAGAAGGAGCAAUAGACACUUGAACAAAUGCACCACAAAGUGUGGCUGUUAUUCUUGUUGGGAAUGUGAUGGAAGGUAUUCCUCAUUUUAUGGAUUUGUCAUAAAGAAACGUCAAGAUUUCUAACGGACCACUUGAUAGGAUGCCCUUUUUUGGGUGAGAGGGAGUUAAAGGAUCUAUCACAACUGUGUCUUUAAUAACUGCUGUUUUUAAAGUACUGUUCUAGGCUACAAAAAUAGCAUUGCUUUGCAAGAAGAGGAGAGAAGGGAAGGGUCUGGGAUCUAAGAUACCCUCCUCUGAAAUUGAAGUCCUGAUUUGAACAGGGUUCUAAAGAAGUGAAACAGUUUUGCAUACAACUUAAACUUUUUUAUUUGUCUUGCCCACCCCUUCUCCUGCAAAUGUUUAUACAAGGAGAUGCUGUGCUCUUGCCUAUAUUGCACUUCUGAUGGCGUGGAUUUUUUGGGGGGUGGGGGUGUUGAAGGGCCCAGACUCAAUGAUUUUCACUACAAACAAAUAUAGCAAAUUAAAGAGAGGCAGGGACGGUUUGAGUCAGUGCUUUGUGAUCCGUUGGUUGUUUGCAUAUAAAAGCAGGAGCAAUACUAUUCAGAGAGGAUUGCUAAAUUCCUUAGACUCUGCCAAACUUAAUGAAAAUUAAUUGGGAAGGCUGUUAAUUCCCAACACUCCAAAGAAAAGAUGUUAACACUGCAAAAAUAAUUGAAGCAUUUGUGGACAAAACAAAUUAUUAGUGGUUAUCGGGUUGCCUGGCUGGUUACUCCUAUCAGAACAUCUUUUUUUUUUUAAUAUAUAGAUAUAUACUUGAAUUUUGGAGGCUUUGUACAUGAUUGCUUCUAGGAGAGUCAUCUUCUGAUAGAUGCUUUGAUAAAUAUGUCAGGAUGUACUUUAUGGACAGCCUAGCCAGUAGCAUGCAUGUGUACUCUUCAGAAAUGUCAGGCCUGUUUUAAGUAAGAGCAGUGAAGGGAUUUCUGUGGAACCACACGGAGCAGUACAGCAGGUCUCACUAAAUACUAGGCUGGUAUCUUCCUGCCUAACUUGGUCAGAGCCAUGGGGGUUACACAGGUGUAAAGGACAGCAGUGUUUGUCUAGAGAACUGAAAGCAUAAUCUAAUUGCUGGCAUCCAGAGCAAAGUGUUCUGGCUAUGAAGCAGCUGUGCCAAACGUCCUGGGAGAGGUGGGAAUUACUCCAUUUUCAUUAACAACUCCAGCCCCAUUUGCUUCAUACCCAGUUAUGCAGCAUCCGUUUGGUGGCAACCAUCCAUCGUCCAGGCAAGAAGAAAAGUGCAGCAUGAAGACAAGGGGAGGAAUCAGCAUGGAGAAAGGGAGGGAAGGACAGAUCUUGAUUGGUGCAGUUGGGUUGCCAACAUCAUUUGAGGAGAAAUGCCACAGAGAAAGCAGCCCCGUGAUGCUGAAUUUUAUGUUUUCUGAUGAGUGAUCUGCAGUCUCUCAGUUACAAAAAUAUAUAUAAAAAACCACCAACAAAGGAGUCUUUCAAACAAAUGGAGAGAGAAAAAAAUAAUGGAAGGGAAAUGAUUUUGUAGUCAAUGUAAUUUUGACUGCCGCAUAAUAUUAGAAAAUAUUGUACUGUGAAGUUACAAAUUCAAAAAGGAAAAAAAUAGAAAUUCCGAUUUUGUGAGUAUAUCAACAUUUUGCAUGCUAUGUAAGGAUCCUUCUAGGAAUUUAAUAUUGCUUAGUAUCCCUCCCUUCUUAGGUCUGGGAGCAAACCUCUUUGUAAUGUAAUGUACAACUAGAAAUUCCUUCUCUCUUAUAUGUAUUUCCAUUACAUUCCGACUUCUGAAUCUGGAAAACAGAAAACAUGUUUAUAGUAGGAGGUGCUUUUGGGGGGAGGGAGGGGACGAAGGCAAGAAAACUUGAAGGCUUAGCAUUUUUUAUAUUUAUUUCUGCCUUUUUUGAAGGUAAAAAUUAGUCACAAUCUUGAAAACUUUCGGCUUAAGUCAGGCAGACCAGUAAACCACACUGUGGUUUUGGUUUUACGUAUUUGUUCUUAUUUCCACAUAGCAGUUCCAUAACAAUCCUUGUCCUGCUAGCUGCACACCUGCCCAUUCCAAGCUGUUGUGUGGUGCAUCUGAGGCAGUGGCACUGCUGCUGACUGCAUUGGAAAGAAAAAAAGCCCCACAAACCAACAGCAGAAGCAAAGUGCAGGAGAUGGUUGGGUGACAGAGCCCUUUCCUUUCUGUGUUCAGAAUCUGUGGCUGCUCUUUGCAGUGUUGAAACUGGAAAGCAAUACCAUAAUGACUGUGCCAAUUUACUUUUACCCAAUUUUUUAUUUUUAUUUAUAUAGGAAAUUAAUAUUAAGUUACUGAUGUAUGGCGUGUAACUAUGAGAAAUGGCUUUUGCUUUGGUUACUGUUACAGGUUGUUGCUUUAGUCUCUCAAUUACAAUGCUCAGUCUAAUGUAACGUAAUCUAACAUGCAGGCAUGUGGAUCAGGGAAAAAAAAGGUAAUUUAACGUAACCCAUUAAUUAUUUCUGUUGAGUAUGUUUUCCCCAAAGCUGGUAAUUUUGGGCUGGAAAAAACAGCGGAUGUUUCUGCUAAUGAUGAAAUCAUGGACUGAUUUGAAAUAUGAGAAUUGAUUUUUUGAAUUUCUGUUACUUUUGCAAUGUAAGUUUUUCUUCAGAUAGACGUUUGUGUUCAGAAAUGAAGCAUUUCCAAAAGGCUUUUGUAUUCUUUUCCAAGGGACGUUGUGGGUGUGGGUUUUUUAAAAACUUUGUUGUGUUUUUAAUAAGCCUUAUCACACUUAAAACAUAAAGGGAUUUGUAAAAACGUGGCUUUACAGAAGGUCUUGUGAUUUAAGAGCUGUGUCAGAAGACCUAACUUCUCCAUUUCCUGUAAGAAAAUAUACAGUAUACAAUAUAGACAACAUAAGAACAAACUAGCCAAAAAUUACCCUUUAAAACUGCACUGAGAGUUUGUGUUCUUUCUGUUUCUAUUGCAUUGGAAAGAAAUUUCUAAAGAAGCAGCUUUCAGCUAGGUGCAGCUGAAACAUUAACAGCUUCAGCAGAAAUACUGCAGGUCGUUAGGACAGACUGUACCUCCAGUUUGAGAAAGGAACAUAAGUUACUUGGCAUUUAGAAACUAUUCUAAAAUUCUUUUUUUUUUUUUAAUCACUGAUUUUAGUUUUUUUUUUUUUCUUUAAUUAAAAAGUAAAGCAAAAUAAGGGAAAAGGUUUUAAUGAUGGGCAAGAAGUAAAUAGCACUAGAUCGUUCUCAGCUUUGUUUUGUGUGUGCUUUUCAUGGGAGGAGGUUGAAAUUAAACUGAAACACAUCCAUUGAAAUGCUGCUGGUGUUCUUUAUCCUUGCACAAUUUUAAGCAAGUUGAGGUAGCAGCCAAGCUAUUGCAGGCUAUAUUCUAAUGCUAUUUUUUUUUAUAUAUCAGCUAAGGGCAAAAUACAGCUGUGCACUGACUGUAUUUGCUGAUGCCAACUGCCCACCUUGAUUCCAACUUUCCAUUGCUCGUAUUAAGGCUGUCAGCGGGCAGAUGAAGCAGAACUGCAAUGUGUUGUGUUGGCCACGAGGUGGUAGAACCUCGUGUUUGAUGGAAGCUGCAGUAUUUUCACAGCUUAUUCAUUUUACCUGUUUAAAAUUGUGUUUCACCGUUGAGUUAGUUUUAUAUGAGUUUAUUUAAACGGAUGUACUGUUCUGUAAAGCAUACGUGGAUCUCUAAGUUUGCCUGUCACCCACUGUAACACUGGAAGGCAUGACAACUUAUUCAUUUCUCUUAAUGUACCGUUCCUUGAAGUGUGUACAAAAUGUAAAUUGACCAACAUGGCUUUCAGAGAUACUUAAAAUCUGAUGGAGAAAAAAGCAACCCUCUCUGGUUCCUCACUGGUUGAUGACUCCUUUGUUUUCAGGGCUUGUUCUGCUGAGGCAGUGCUGUCAGAUGUGGCAUUCUUACCAUGGCAAUGUUAGGAAGAAGUGGGAGAUGUUUAAGAAAAGCCUCUGCUCUUUCUCUCUUCAAUUCAAAAAGAUAUAAACUUGCACUAAUAGAAGACCAAUACAUUCACGCUAGAUUUAAGGGAUUUGCUUCUGUUCCUUGCAGAAAAAUCUGAAAAAGGAAGUAAAUAUGUUCAGAAUAAUUAAAAUUUGGAGUAGUUGGCAAGUCAGUCACUUACUUGUUCCUCCUUACGUUUUUAUUUAGUCCGGGUAUGUUUUUCUUUGUAAGCUUUGCUAACGUUCCUUUGUAGUGCUGUCUGAAAAAUCACUCUGAUACCAUCCACUUCCUUUAACACAGGGUUCUUGCAGCUGAGAUCACAGAGCCUUACAGUUAAUAUUAGCAAUCUUCCAUUCUCAGCCAGAAUUAAGUGGAUGCCCGUAUGCAUUCCAUGAAAGUUUUCUCUGGGUAGAUAAAAGUACGUGGAUCUUCCUUAAAAUCAAGAAAGGACUGCUGAUUGAAGAAGGUACCCACAGCUAAUUAUUAUUUGUUACCAAAGUCUUAGGGAAGAAAGAUGACAUAAAUUGAAAACAAACAAACAAACAAACAAAAAAAAACAACCAAAAACAAUUAGGAAUCACUCUGAUAAGAUGAUCUGGAACUGUACAAAGCAGAAGCUCUUCUUUCAAGUUACAGAAGAAGACCUGUGGCCUCAAUAACUGACUGCCUUGUCAGUAAAUAAACAUUAAUUUAGGAAUGCCAGGAAUUCAGCUGCUGCAGCCUCCCAGUGCUGAUGUGCUGCAACCCUUUCUCACUACUGAAACUUCACAGUUCAGUGCCAAGAAAGCAAAGCUUAUCACAUGCUCUGUACAUUUUUUUUCCUCUAUGGCAACAGAGCACCAGAGUGUGUUAAACCAAAGGUGAAACACUACUGCAAAGAAAAAUGGAACCAGGAGGUUAGGAUACAGCUUACGCUGGAAGAGGCUGCUUCUGAGCUGCAAGGAUAGAAUACCACAACACCCAGCAGUGAUUGAAUGGUGGAAACAGUAGGGCCAAAGCAAACGGAGCGUAUGCAUUAUCUCGAUUCUCCUGCCAUGAGCAGGUGGCUAGAUUUAGGCCUGGGUCAAGCAAACAUGCUAAUGCAAGAAUAAGAAAACUAUUCAAGGGCCUGCACUGUUGAUUCUGCCACCCUAUGGUAGAAUUGGAGGACACCACUGUAAAAGCAUGCAGGUGACCUAUGCAAAUAGUUGCCACGUCAUUUUACUUUUUACUUUCUACUGUCAAGUCUCCUCUUUCACUAAGAGACCCUCUCCUUUUCUAUCGGAAACCACAUCAUCCUGUACAGUAGAAAUGAGUUUAUAGCAGGGCUAUUCCUGGAGAUGGCUGGAAUAUUUCCAGCUUUCUGGUAGAGUGGACCAGGUAGUGUUAAUACUCCGGGCUUGUGCAGGCUUGUUUUGCAAGUAAGAUAUGUUCUAUUUUUUUGCCUGUUCAAGCAUACUUGGGAAUGAAUAUUAUUACAGAGUGCCCAAGCCUAGAAAAAAUAUUUGUUUUACUGCUCUGCCUUAAUUGCAGUCAUGCUCAAGUCAUCUCAUUGAAAUGAUUCAUCAGAACAGAGAAUUCUUUUUGGAUUUUCUGCUAGGGCUUGUGUUUGUGUAAUUAUUGCAGUGACAAGAUGUUCUGAGAUUUCAAGGCAUUCUACAGAUCAACCAUUUAUCUGCAGAGUGAUUUCUACUGCAGGACCAGUUUAUAUCCCUGUGGAUAUAGGGAAGAGCAUGCUUGUAUACAGAAGAGCUUCCUGCCUGGAAAGAGAACAUAGCUGCUUCCCACAGAUGGCCAAAGAACCACAAUGGGAAGAGCCCACCAGUGAGCAGAUGGCCUCGUUCCUUAGAGGCUCACGUUUUCCCUGGUCAGGCAAAGCCCAGAAAGCAAUUAUGGGGUCAGACCCAUCCCGUCUCUCCUUUAUAGUGCCUAAUUGAAUUAUCAACCGCCAAUAUAAAUAGGCCAGCUCAAAUUUCUUCCAUUUUAGUCAUGUUUUGGAAGAGGACUUCUAUAACCAUUAUGGGAUUAUGGAAAUAGCUGAAAACUGAGCUAAAUAUUAAAACUCCUUCAAACACAGCAAUAAUAUAAUGAAAAUGCUGACUGCUGACAUGGCAGAAAGGUUCUUCACAAGAGCCUCUUCUAAUGCAUCCACUCUGAUCUCUUCCUCACUGCUUCUCACAGCCUAGGAGAAAUCUUGAGCUCCAUAGUAACAUACAAAAACUUCUGCAAGUCGCUCAGUAAUUUGGAAUCCCAGAUACACAAGGUCAGAUCUUUUACAGAGGUGGGCUAUCAGCACUAAAAGUGACUAGGUACUAUCCAAGGCAGCAAAAAGAGGGUAAAGAAUUAAUGCUGGAUGACAAAGAGCACCACAGUGGUACGGUGAAGUUAAGUGCGAUCUCAUGGAAGGUCACAUGUGACGUAUUGUCCUUUCUGUGUCUGUCUAGCAAAAAGCAACGAGAGCAAAACAAAGCCUUCUCUUGGCUAUAUUGGUUGUGUAGUUUGUUCUUAUCUCUAUUACAUGUGUUUAUAAUCCAUUAAGAAUGCCAGUGAAAGGAGGUAGUAAGACUAUUUAAAUAUAAAUACAAUUAAAUUAUAUAAUUAGUGAUAAUUUAUCAGGUGUAGAAGAAAAACAACUUGCUAUUGCUUGGAUAAUUUGGGGUUUCUUCAGAACUAAUACUAUUGGCGUUGUUUUAACUCCACCGUGUUACAGAGUCUGUUUUUGACAUUUCAUACUGCUGUCAGUGCUUCAGUAUCUCAGUGCUGUUUUUGCAAAGAAAACCAACCCUAAUAGCUUAAUACUGAAAGGUGUUGAAACGACUGCUAAAUAUCUCUCAGUUUAGGCCCAUGUGAUGAAAAAUGGAAAAGAGGGGGAAAAUAAUCAUUCAGGAUUUUAUUUUUUUUUUAAUUUUCUGAGAUAAGAGGUAUGAAAGGGAUACAAAAACUGUAUUUGGGGGAAAAAAGUCUAAGGCAUUUGUAGCCUUUCUUUGUACACAGUGUUAAAUAAAAUCUCCUGUAUCUGUUCA